AUUGAACUGUCAAAUGUAGAGAAAUUGUCAAGUUGCUGGUCUGAAGUGGAUAAAAUUAUACGAAAUUCUCUAAAUUUAUUGUGUUCUGAUGAGAAAUUAUUAAAUUCUUGUUAAAGAUAACUAAGCAUUUUGGUUAGAAAGACAAUGUGAGUUUGUUUGAUAGAAGCACUGAAUGGGACGUGAACGCAAUGAGUUCGAAGCCAUCAAUUUAUCAUGAAAAACAAGUUAAAGAGCUGUGCGCUUUACACGCGCUUAACAAUUUAUUCCAGAUGCGGGGUACUUAUUCAAAGUCUGAGUUAGAUGCAAUAUGCAGUAGGCUGUCUCCAAAUGUGUGGAUAAACCCGCAUCGCUCCAUGCUGGGGCUCGGCAACUAUGAUAUCAAUGUGAUAAUGGCAGCUCUGCAGAAGAAAGGCUGCGAAGCAGUGUGGUUUGAUAAGAGGAAAGACCCUGGUUGUUUGGACCUCUCAAACAUCUGUGGAUUUAUCCUGAAUGUGCCAUCUGACUACAAGUUGGGGUUUGUGAUGCUUCCCCUGCGCCGGCGGCAUUGGAUCACAAUCCGGCAAAUACAAGGCAACUUCUAUAACUUGGAUUCCAAGCUAGAAGCACCUCAACUGAUUGGAAGGAGCAGUGAUCUAAUAGCCUACCUUAAAGAGCAGCUGGACAGCAAAGAGAAGGAGCUAUUUGUGGUGGUGAGCAGAGAGGUAGAGGAGAAGCAGCUGUGGAUGCACCAGUAUGCCAUUCAGAACAGCCGACCUAACACCCAGAGCACUGAGCAACCCCUCACCAAGAGCGAGUGUGAGAGCCCCAUUGGCAGCAUAUCCUCACUCUCGCAGUACGACUACAGAAACCGCGACGCCGAGUGCCUCCAAGUGACGGAAGUACGGAACUGUGUUGUCAGUAGAGAAAAUCAAUAUUAGAGUGUGAAUUUUUAGACUUGGUAAUACUUUCCACAGACUGUUGGUGAAAACCUAGCAAUUGAUAUGUGUUCACAUAUUUGUUCACUUUAUGUGUGUUGUGUAUUGAAAAGACAUUUUUAUAAGUUGUCUUUUAAUUAGGACAUUAUGGUGUUGGUUGUCAUGAUCAUGUAAUUCCCGAAGUUUGGCACAGAUGCUGUUGUCUCAGUACUUAACCAAGUAUUGUUUAUAUUAAUUUAUUGAUACAAUUUGUUUUUAUAUUGCACUUUAGUUUUGUUCUGCACAAAUUAUGUUGGAUAUUGCAGCAUAUUGUUGUUAUUUUUUAUUUAAUUUUACGUUGUGUUACAUAAGGCCUGUGGUCACUCAAUAACAUAUAUGCCUAGUAUUUAGAUCUUGCCUGUUUAGAUGGCAGUAUUACAGCAAUAUAUCUCUUAAGACUGUAAUAAUAAUGUAAGCCAUCCGAUCUUAAUAGUGAGUACAGAACUUUUAGAGAUCUUGACAUGAUUAUAAAUAUAAAGUAUUAAAUGCAGUAAUGGCAAUAGUCUUGAUGUUAAUGGAAACUGUCUGUUGAAUGUUAUGAUGUAAAAUACUGUUUCACUACUAUGCCAAAUAUGAUAACCAAACUGUUUGACUCUAUUUAACUUGGCCAAACUAAUAGAUUUACAGUUAAAGUUAUCUCGUUUUUUUGUUAUAUAAAUUUUAAGCAAUAACUUUACAUUCUAUACAUUUAAUUUAGGUUUAAAGCACAAUAUUUUUUUGUUUAAAUCUUUCUACUACUUGUCAUCACAUAGGCUCUGUUCUCUUAAUUUCGGUACACUCUAUUGGAAAAGGCAUUUUAUUCAUCGACUCUCGUUAGAUAAUUUUUGCAUUAGCAACACUUGACUCCAAUUCUACUUAAAGUUUAUGAACAGGGCCUAACUCUGACUUAGGUCGCGAGUGAUAAAUUCCUUGUGAACGAUAUUUAUUUCGCAAUGAAUUGUUGAUCUUCUCAUAAGUUUUUUACUAUAUUAAACUUUACUGUAAAUAUAAGAUAUUUUUCCAAAAAAAUAGAAAGUGUGAUACUCGA